AUGGCAGGCGGAUCGGUUUUGACAGGCUGGAACAAUUUGAAAGUAGCACCCAGAGGGAAUGUUAGAGAAUUCGUCGAAAAAUAUAAUGGACACACAGUUAUCACAAAGAUUUUAAUAGCAAAUAAUGGUAUUGCUGCCGUAAAAGAAAUCCGCUCCAUUAGAAAAUGGGCUUAUGAAAUAUUUGGAGAUGAACGUUCUAUCGAAUUCACUGUCAUGGCCACUCCCGAAGACUUGAAAAUAAAUGCUGAAUAUAUUCGCAUGGCUGAUCAAUAUAUUGAAGUUCCUGGUGGCUCUAAUAACAAUAAUUAUGCCAAUGUACCUUUAAUAGUUGAUAUAGCAGAACGAACUGGUGUUCAUGCUGUAUGGGCAGGAUGGGGACAUGCUUCAGAGAAUCCUCUUUUGCCUGAAUCACUUGCACGAUGUAAAAAUAAGAUCGUAUUUAUAGGUCCACCUGGUUCUGCUAUGCGUUCUCUCGGUGAUAAAAUAUCUUCAACUAUCGUAGCUCAGUCGGCUAAUGUGCCUACAAUGGAUUGGAGUGGUAGUGGUAUUACUCAGACUGAAUUUGAUGAAAAUGGUCAUGUUAUGGUUCCUAAUCAUAUUUUCGAAAAGGCUUGCGUGAAGGAUGCUGAGUGUGGUUUAAACAAAGCUAAUAAAAUAGGGUUUCCGGUUAUGAUCAAAGCUUCAGAGGGUGGUGGAGGAAAAGGUAUACGUAAAGUGGAGAAUCCUGAUAAUUUUAAACAGGCUUUCUCUCAAGUUCGAGGUGAAGUUCCCGGUUCGCCGAUUUUCAUCAUGAAACUUGCUGGUAAUGCUCGUCAUUUAGAAGUUCAGGUUCUUGCUGAUCAAUAUGGUAAUGCAAUUUCGUUAUUUGGUCGUGAUUGUUCUGUACAACGACGUCAUCAAAAAAUUAUUGAAGAAGCUCCAGUGACUAUAGCAAAACACGAAACUUUUAAGGCCAUGGAACAAGCUGCUGUUCGGUUGGCCAAGCUAGUUGGUUACGUUAGUGCUGGAACAGUAGAAUAUCUUUAUAGUGAUGAUGAUUUCUUUUGUUUCCUAGAAUUAAAUCCGAGAUUGCAAGUAGAACAUCCAACUACUGAAAUGGUUUCUGGUGUAAACUUACCAGCUGCUCAAUUACAAAUAGCGAUGGGAAUACCUCUACAUCAAAUUCGUGAUAUACGUGUAUUAUAUGGUUUGGAUCAUAAUGGCACUUCAGAAAUUGAUUUCGAUUUUUCGAAACCGGAAUCCCUACAAACACAAAGGAAACCUGCACCAAAAGGACAUGUUAUUGCUGUAAGAAUUACUGCUGAAAAUCCUGAUGCUGGAUUCAAACCUAGUAGUGGAAUGGUACAUGAAUUAAAUUUCAGAAGUAGUACUAAUGUUUGGGGUUAUUUUUCGGUCAAUUCCGCUGGAGGUCUUCAUGAAUUUGCGGAUUCUCAGUUUGGUCAUAUUUUCGCAUAUGGCGAGAAUCGACAACAAUCACGCAAGAACAUGAUAAUUGCUCUUAAAGAGCUAUCAAUUCGUGGUGACUUUCGUACAACUGUUGAAUAUUUAAUAAAAUUAUUAGAAACAAACACUUUUGAAGAUAAUAACUUUACAACCGGUUGGUUAGACAAUUUAAUAUCUGAUGAAAACUUAACAGUAGAGAGACCAGACAAGAUGCUCGCUAUAAUAUGUGGUGCGGUCGCGAAGGCCUAUACUAAAUCUCAAGAAUCCUUAGCUGAAUAUAAACGCUUCUUGGAGAAAGGACAAAUUCCUAGCAAAGAUGUUUUACAAACUGUCUUCAUUAUCGAUUUUAUUUAUGAGGGUGUUCAAUAUAAAUUUACUGCCAUGCAAUCCGCUCCUUGUUCUUUCAUUCUAUACUUAAAUGGUUCCAAGACACAAGUGUCUGUUCGUGCUCUUUCUGAUGGUGGUCUUUUAGUAUUAUUAGACGGCAAGAGCCAUACAUGCUAUUUUCGUGAAGAGGUCCAAGCAACUCGUUUAAUGAUUGAUGGUAAAACUUGUUUGUUAGAACAAGAAAAUGAUCCAACCCAACUUCGUUCACCAUCUCCUGGAAAACUUGUAAGGUUCUUGGUUGAAUCUGGCGCUCACGUUAAUAGCGGUGACGCGUAUGCCGAGAUAGAGGUAAUGAAAAUGUACAUGCCUUUGAUUGUUACCGAAGAUGGUGUCGUGCAAUUCAUAAAACAAGCAAAUUCGACACUUGAGGCUGGCGAUAUCAUUGGUAUUCUUACUCUAGAUGAUCCAAGCCAUGUUCGUCACGCGAUUCCUUAUGAGGGCCAGCUUCCUUUGAUGAACCCACCAGUUAUAAUAGGCGAUAAACCUCAUCAAAGAUACAUAGAGGUUAAACAGAUUCUAGAAAAUAUUUUGGAUGGUUAUGAUGAUAAUACAAAAUUACAGAGCAGUGUUAAGGAACUAAUAGAUCUUCUUAGAAAUCCAGAGCUACCUUAUUUAGAAUUUCAUUCUGUUUUAUCAACGCUUCCUGGAAGAAUUCCGGCAAAACUUUACGCUAUUCUGCAAGAUGAAACAGCUAAACAGGGUCAUGGUUUUCCUGCAAAACAUCUUAAACAAGUUAUCGAUAACUAUUCACGUGAUUUUGUUGCCCUUGGAGAUACUUCUAGCUUUACAUCAUCAAUAAACCCUUUGAUGGAAAUUAUCAAUAGAUACAUGUCAGGAGUUAAAUAUCGUAAAUGGAAUGAAAUUGGUUAUUUCUUGAAUAAAUACCAUGAGGUUGAGGCUCUAUUCUCAGACUCCAACAAACGUGAGGAAGAGGUUAUUCUUUCUCUACGUGACAGUUAUAAGGACGAUUUGGACAAAGUUAUUAAAAUUGUUUUGUCUCAUUCAAAAAUUAGUGCCAAAAAUAGUCUUAUAAUAAAUUUAUUGGAUCAGAUUAAACCCGACAAUGUUGGACUAGCUCUUGAUAAGUUCUUCUCACCUGUCCUAAAAAAGUUAGCCGAACUUCGAGGAAGGGCUACGACUGAUGUUUCACUUAAAGCGCGUGAAUUACUAAUACAUUGUCAACUACCAUCAUAUGAAGAACGAUCUGUACAGAUGGAACAAAUUCUUAAAGCAGCUGUUAUUGAAAGUCAUUAUGGUGAUGAUGGUUAUGACUAUCGUACUCCAAGUUAUGAUUCUCUCAAGGAACUUAUUGAUACACGAUUUGCUGUAUUUGACGUCUUACCAAAUUUCUUUUACCAUAAUGAUGCGUGGAUUAGCCUUGCUGCAUUAGAAGUAUAUGCCAGACGUGCGUAUCGUGUAUAUCAACUUAUGGACUUUGAAUAUUACUCAGAACAAGUUCCCUAUAUGAUUUCUUGGAAGUUUAUACUUCACAACACCUACUCAGAUACACCAGCUACACCAAAACCACAAUCCAUCUACAAAAUGUCACGUAUUGGAUCCAUAUCCGAUUUUAGUUACAUGACACAACGUACAGACAAUGAUAACGAACAUGUUCGCGUUGGUGUGAUGAUUUCAUGCACCUCUAAUAUAGAAAUUGAACAAAACUUUCCGCGUAUUUUUGAAGUAUUUCGUCAAAAUGGGCGUCGAGCACAAGAUCUAACAGAUAGUAUUGCCAAUAACAUCAUCAACAUUGCGUUGAGAUUGGAUAAUGACCCGAUAGAAGAUGAAAUUCUUAAACGAGAUUUACAGCCUAUAGUUCAGCGUCAUACAGUUGAGCUACGAGAGCAUGGAAUUAGACGUGUCACAAUUGUCUUGUUCCGAAAAGGCCAAUAUCCGGGGUAUUUCACUUUUCGUGAACCUAAUAAUUUUGCCGAAGAUCAAACAAUUCGACAUAUUGAACCUGCCAUGGCAUAUGAACUUGAACUUUCAAGAUUAUCGAAAUUUGACAUUAAACCUUGCUCUACUGAUAAUAGACAGAUUCGCGUGUAUUAUGCAAUUGGUAAAGAAAACACCUCGGAUUGCCGAUUCUUCGUUCGUGCUUUAGUUCGAUCUGGUCGUAUGAGCGUGCACACGGAAUAUCUUCUUUCAGAAUCUGAUCGACUUUUGAAUGAAAUUUUAGACACACUUGAAAUUGUUACCUCUAAUCACAAAAACUCAGACUGCAACCAUUUAUUCAUAAAUUAUAUUCCAACUUUUGUUUUAGAACCGCGUCAGAUUGAAGAAGCUGUUAAAAAUUUUAUUGAUAGGCAUGGAAAAAGGUUAUGGAGGUUACGUGUUACUGGCGCUGAAGCCCGGUUCAAAGUUGAAGAUCCUAUAAAAGGCAAUCAAUAUCCUCUUCGUGUCAUUAUUAAUAACGUUUCUGGUUAUGUUGUUAAAAUUGAGACUUACCAAGAGGUUAAAACUGAGGGUGAUAACACAAUUCUUAAAUCGAUUGGAAAAAUAGGAUCCAUGCACUUGCAGCCAACACUUACUCCUUAUUCAACCAAAGAAUGGUUGCAACCAAGGCGUUUCAAAGCUCAUCUUAUGGGUACUACAUAUGUUUAUGAUUUUCCAGAAUUAUUCCGUCAAGCCGUUCGUACACAAUGGAAUCGUGCUAUACAUAAUUGCCCUGAAUUAAAAUGUCCAACAGAUAUACUAGAAGCCAAAGAACUCGUUUUAGAUGAAAAAGGUCAAUUGCAAGAAGUUGAUCGUUCUGCUGGUACCAAUGCAUUUGGUAUGGUAGGAUGGAUGCUUACAUUAUUUACACCAGAAUAUCCAAAAGGCCGCAAAAUUAUUGUAAUUGCAAAUGAUAUUACAUAUCAAAUCGGCUCAUUUGGACCUUCUGAGGAUCAGUUCUUUGCUAAAGCGACAGAGCUUGCUAGAAAAUUGGGUAUUCCAAGAAUAUAUCUCUCCGCUAACUCUGGGGCUAGAAUAGGAUUAGCAGAUGAGAUAAUAAAUCAUUUUAAAGUUGCCUGGAUUGACGAAGAUAAUCCUAGCAAGGGAGUAGACUAUUUAUACCUUGAUUCUGAAACUUACAAGCAAUCGAGACAACAAUCCGUAAUCGUUAAGGAAUUAAUUGAAGAUGGUGAAGUUCGAUAUAAAAUCACUGAUAUUAUAGGUGUUACUGAUGGACUUGGUGUAGAGUCUUUGAAAGGUUCAGGGUUGAUAGCUGGUGCAACUUCACGUGCAUACGAGGAUAUAUUUACAAUUACCCUUGUCACUUGCCGUUCAAUUGGUAUUGGCGCAUAUUUGGUUCGUCUUGGCCAGCGAACAAUCCAGAAUGAAGGACAACCUAUUAUACUUACUGGUGCAUCAGCUUUAAAUAAGGUGCUUGGUCGUGAAGUUUACACAUCAAACCUACAACUCGGAGGUACUCAAAUUAUGUAUAGAAAUGGUAUCUCUCAUCUUACUGCUCAAAAUGAUCUAGAAGGCAUUACAAAGAUUAUCCAAUGGCUUUCAUAUGUUCCAUCAUCUAAAAAUUCACCUGUUCCUAUAUUCCCCAAUUCUGAUACUUGGGAUCGUGAGAUUGAUUAUUUACCACCUAAAGGGCCUUAUGAUCCACGUUGGUUAAUUACCGGAAAAUAUGAAUCUGAUAAGUGGAUUAGUGGAUUUUUUGAUCGUAAUUCAUUCGUGGAAACGCAUAGCAAUUGGGCUAAAACUGUUGUUGUUGGUCGUGCACGCCUUGGCGGAGUUCCUAUGGGCGUAAUUGCAGUUGAAACACGUACUGUAGAGCACAUAGUGCCUGCUGACCCCGCUAAUUCUGAGUCUCAACAACAAGUUAUGAAAGAAGCAGGACAAGUCUGGUAUCCUAAUUCAGCUUAUAAAACCGCACAAGCCAUCAAUGAUUUUAACAAAGGUGAACAAUUGCCUCUCAUGAUCUUUGCAAACUGGCGUGGAUUUUCUGGUGGUCAACGUGAUAUGUUUUUAGAGAUAUUAAAGUAUGGUUCGUAUAUUGUUGACGCACUUACGAAUUACAAACAACCUGUUUUUGUCUAUAUUGUACCGAACGGAGAGCUUCGCGGAGGUGCAUGGGUGGUGGUUGAUCCAUCAAUCAAUGAAAACAUGAUGGAAAUGUAUGCAGAUGCAAAAUCGAGGGCUGGCGUUCUUGAACCUGAAGGAAUUGUUGAAAUCAAAUAUCGAAAACCCCAACUACUUGCGACAAUGGAACGUUUAGAUGAAACUUAUCGAAAUCUUAAAAAAUCGUUACAGGAUACUUCAAAACCUGAGAGAGAGAAAUCUGAAAUUAAGAUGCUUUUAGAAGCUCGAGAACAUGAAUUACUUCCUGUUUAUUCUCAAAUUGCUUUGCAAUUUGCAGAUUUACAUGAUACACCUGGUAGAAUGAAAGCUAAAAAUACCAUUAGAAAAGUUUUAGAGUGGCGCGAAGCUAGAAGGUUCUUCUAUUGGCGUGUGAGAAGACGGUUACAUGAAGAAUAUAUAUUUAAAAAAUUGAACGAUGCUAAUCCUAGCCUUACAAGAACUCAAAUGAAAGGUUACUUGGCUACAUGGUUUUACGAUGAUAUUGGUGUAGAAUUGGAUUGGGAGGAAUCUGAUAUUGAAAUUGUGGAUUGGUUUGAUAAAAUGUUUAACGAUUUAGAGACAAACCCCCAUAAUAUUGAAAACAAAUUUAAGAAAAAUUAUGUAAUUACUACUAGUACAAAACCAUUAUCAUCAAUUGAGAUGCGGAUUGAAAGGAUAAGGAACGAAGCAAUAUCUCAACAAAUCUUUGAAUUAGGAAAAACAAAUAAACAGGCUGUUUUUGAUGGAAUAUCAUCAUUAUUAGAACAUUUGGAUCCAGAGGAAAAGAAAAGCAUAUUAAAACAAUUGGAUGGAACUUUAUAA